GCCAUUUUGUAUGGUGGGCAGGAAAAAUGAGUUAAAAAAUCAGUCGUUUUGGCUCCCCUUUCUUUAGUUCAAUUCAAUUUGAUCUACACAGAUGGCUUCCUAAAGGGUGUAUCUAAACACCUUUGAAGCCGUUUAUUGAUUUUUUUGAAUUCUCAGACUCGUUAUUGUUAUUUGAAAGUUGUUCGGCGUUCGACGCAAAAUCAUGAGCGCCAGUGAUUCGUUGUCCUUCGCGUUGGGGCAAAUCUCGUCUGCCGUGAAAGAUCUCAAUAAAAAGACAUACAAGUUAGCUGUGGCUGAGAUUCACGAGCUGAUUGAGAAGCAUGGAUUUGAAGCAGAGCGGCAUUUUUUCCAAGUAUUAUUUUCAUCUAUUGAUUUUUCUGCUGAUGCAAAAAAUUCUGGGAAAGAUUAUCAACAGGUUCAGUUUUUAACCCAAGAAUGUCAGACUCUCAUUGUCAAGCCAAACUUUCCAUCCAUUUUAUGCUACGCAUUUGAGAAUCCCGACCAAAAGCAGAAAACCUUAAAGCCGUCAACACAGCUCUUACCCAACGUCAGCAGAACUCUGAAACUGAACAAAGUACAAGAGGUUGUUUUUGGGCUUGGGCUACUAAAAUCAGCAAAUGAAGAGCUUAAAACUCAUGCUGGCCAGUUUGUUAAACAGAAGUUACCAGAUCUUCUGCGUUCGUAUAUCGAUACAGAUACUGGUGGAGGUCAGGAGGGUGGUCUGUCAGACAUAGCAAUAGAAGUUCUUCACUGUCUCCUGACUCAUGUCCUCCAUGGACCAAGAGAACUUGUUGGUGUUGGUGAAGACCAAAUCAAUGCCUUUCUGGACACGUUGAGAAGAGAUUUUCCCAAAGAACGGGUUCCAGUAGUGCUUGCUCCUUUGCUUUAUCCAAAUGCUCCAGACUUACCAGCUAACAAACUUGUCCCUGACUCAAAUCCUCCUGUUAAGGUUGUUACGGAGGACGACCUUGCAGAGUUGAUGAAAGAGAUUGGUUAUGUUUGCUGUCAAAGUAUUGAGGACUGUAGGAAUACAUUAGUACAGUUUGGACUUCGAGACAUUAAACCUGCUGCUAUUGCCAGAGCUAUUGGUAUGAUGGUAAAAACUGCUUAUGGACUUGCACAGCAUAUACCACUUCAGCAGAACCUGAACAGCAGUGCCAGCGCACUUGAUAAGAAACCAGAAGAUGAAAACCAACUGUCUACCUGGAAUAUUGAGAUUUUUGUCCAAGUUGUCAAGGAACUGUUUCCAGGCCUGAAUUGGGCACAGGUUAUUCUAGACUUGGAUUAUCCAGGGUUUCAAGUACCGUCAGGAGAAGGACUCAAGAUACUCAUGGAGGCUUGUUCAAGAGGUUUACAGGAAGGUUUUCCAGUUGAAGUGUUGUACAGAACAUGGACAAAUACCGAGGGACAGCUAUCAUGGAUUCUCCAGCUGUUAACCCAUGCAGAUUUAUUCUGCUUCACCGAUUAUCCCUGUGAAGCUGUAAUGCUUGAUACACUAAAGAUUUUACCUGAAGAAGAAACUAGAGAGAUAUCAAACUGGAAGUCACUGACUCUUGUGGAAACAUUAUUGCGUCUAUCUGAGGCUGGUCACUAUGAGAGCGUUAAGAGUAUUUUUAGUUUUCCAUUCAAGAAUUGCCCUGAUAUUCUUUUCUUUGCUUUACUGCAAGCUAAGCCAACAUGGAACACCCUUAGCAAGGAGUUGCUACUUCAGUUGGUACCAAUAUUCCUUUCCAACCAUCCCAAUGCUGCCAGCGUUCUACAGUAUGCCUGGAAUGGACAAAGUCAGUCUAUUUCAAUACGUCAGAUUAUCAUGCAGGCUAUGGCUGACUGGUACAUGAAGGGAGAUCAAGAUCAGGCAAGGUUAUCAAGGAUCCUGGAUGUGGCACAGGACCUCAAGGCAUUAUCAGUUCUUCUCAACUUCCAUCCUCUACUGUUUGUAAUCGACUUAGCUGCUUUGGCAUCCAGAAGAGAAUACCUGAAGCUAGACAAGUGGCUGAAUGAUAAGUUAAGAGAACAUCAGGAAAAGUUUGCAGAAGCUAUGAUAACUUUCCUGAAGAGGCGCUGCCCUCAUUUGACAGGAAUCACCCUGGAUAAAGAACUACCUAAAAGCAUACAGUUACCAACUGAAACAGUCAUCGUAAUGCUGACCUGUCUGUCAAACAUCCAAGUUCCUCCUAGUAUGGCUGACGUCAUUCGGCAGAUGAUUGCCAAUCAUGGUCCCCUGACCAAGCCGAGGCCAACACCACAAGCUAUUGGUGGAGCAUUGUUAAAAAGGCAGGGAAGUCUUGAUUCAGCACUCCCAACUCCUCUUACAAGCCAGGUUGAUCCACUUCCAGGGCUUGGACUCUCACACACCACCUCUACACCCAAUUCUCAACUCCCCUCCUUCCCACCACACCCUCUCUCCAUACCCACGAGUAACCUUGGUGCUGUGGGUAGCAUUGGCUCAGGCUUGACUCAACCUAUCCAGAAACCAUCCUCAACCUCACAGUUCAGUCACCUCGGCAUACAGCCUCCUGCUACUUCCAACUCUGGCCUGGGAUCAUCGCAGAGCCAUAUCUUCCAGCAGCUACAGCAAGCAGGGCUAGGAGGGACUCUCAGUGGGUCUAAUACUGAUAGUUAUCGCAUGUUAUCUGGUCUAAACUCUCACAAGCCGUUGGGUAGCUCACUGUUGAAUCAGCAACAACAGCAGGUCAUGAUGGCACAGCAGCACAGGACUCCCACUCCUGAAAAACUAAGACAAGCUCCAACCGACGUCUCCCAAGUAUGGCCAGGUAUGGACCAGUCCUUCAGCAAGGAGGUAGAAGACGAGGCCAACUCCUACUUCCAGAGAAUAUACAAUCAUCCACCCAACCCUACCAUCAGCAUAGAUGAAGUGUUGGAGAUGCUGAAAAAGUUUAAAGACAGCCCAAUCAAGAAAGAAAGGGAUAUAUUUCUGUGUAUGCUGCGUAACCUGUUUGAAGAGUACCGAUUCUUUCCUCAAUAUCCCGACAAGGAGCUGCACACAACAGCUUGUUUGUUUGGAGGCAUCAUUGAACAAGGACUUGUCACGUACAUGGCACUAGGCAUUGCUUUACGAUAUGUACUGGAUGCACUGCGCAAGACUUAUAACAGUAAAAUGUACAUGUUUGGUAUUGCCGCCCUGGAUAGAUUUAAGACCAGGUUAAAAGACUAUCCACAUUACUGUCAGCACCUUGCUUCCAUCCCUCACUUCAGGGAUUUCCCUUCAUCACUGAUUGAAUACAUAGAAUAUGGACAACAAUCAAAAGAACCACCUUUAACAAGCAGAACAUUGACACAGGAUCAGCAAGCUUCAGCAUGGCUGUCUAACAUGGAUCCAAUGGCAUCAAGGUUAUUAAACAGAACCUCCUUGGGAUCAGGCAGUGCUAGCCCAACCUUCACUACUACUGCAGUAGGAAAGCCAGGACAGACCUCAGGUACUUCAUCUGGCUCUCCUUCUCCAAAGCCUUCAUUAACAUCUUCAGACUUGACAUCAGGGACCGCACGUGGCAAGGAACCAUCUAUAGCUAAUGCCAGUAACAUUGAUACCCUACUGGGUGCAUCAGAAAAGAAUGAGAUAGCACAACCACCUGAGCAUGUACAAGACAAAAUACACUUUAUCUUCAACAAUAUAUCACAAAGCAACCUCAAUACCAAGGCUGAGGAGUUUAAGAAUGCUGUUCAGUCAGACUUUCUGCAGUGGGUAGCACAGUACAUGGUCAUGAAGAGAGCAAGCAUUGAACCUAAUUUCCAUCAGUUAUACAUUGACUUCAUGGAUGCCCUGGACUCUAUGCCAGAUUUUGCAAGAGAAAUUACUAAGGAAACCUUCAGAAAUAUCAAGGUUUUGCUUCAAUCAGAGAAAGUCCCUGCCAACUUCUCAGAUAGAUCCUUACUAAAGAAUCUUGGUCAUUGGUUGGGUCUCUUGACACUGGCUCGUAACAGGCCAAUACUCAUGAGGGAUCUUGAUCUCAAGUCACUGGUUAUUGAAGCAUACUUCAAAGGGCAGCAGGAUUUGCUAUAUGUUGUUCCAUUUGUUGCUAAAGUCAUGGAAUCAGCUGCUAAGAGCAAAGUAUUCAAGCCACCUAACCCCUGGAUUAUGGCUAUCAUGGCUCUGCUGGUUGAACUACACCAAGUACCAGACUUAAAGCUCAAUUUAAAGUUUGAGGUAGAAGUACUAUGUAACACAUUAUCCCUUGACAUGAAGGAUAUCAAACCUACUGAACUACUUAGGGAUACAGAUAAAUUCAAGACAAUACCACAACAGCUUGCUUCACCAGAGAAAGAAAAGCUUGCUCUAUCCACUACCCCAUCCAGUGGCACCACUACUGCUACAACAGCUGGAACACAACCUAGUCAGACAGCCACACCCCCACCCCCUCAGUAUGCAUAUCAUGAGAUCAAUGUGUCUGGUCUUUCUGGUCUGGCACCACAUAUACAGAUCAAUCCACAGAUUCCGUUGUUCCAGCAAAACCCUCACCUCAAGCAGUUUGUCCGUCCGUCUAUUGAACGAGCAGUACAAGAACUGGUCCACCCUGUGGUGGAAAGGUCCAUUAAGAUCUGCCUGACAACUGCCGAGAUGAUUGUCAAGAAGGACUUUGCGUUAGAUCCUGAGGAAUCCCGUAUGCGUGCUGCAGCACAUCACAUGGUUCGUUUCAUGACAGCAGGGAUGGCAUUAAUUACCUGUAGAGACCCAUUACUAGUCAGUAUCACUAACACGCUCAGGUCCAGCCUACAGACAGCAUUCAGGAGUGCUAAUCAGCAGCAGAAGGAGAUGAUUGAGCAUGCAGCAACCGUAGUGAGCGAAGAGAACACUGAACUGGCCUGUUCGUUCAUCCAAAAGACGGCUGUCGAAAAGGUCCUUCCAGAGAUGGACAAACGCUUGGCUACAGAGUUUGAUGUUCGUAGACAUGCUCGUAGUGAGGGAAGACGUUAUUGUGAUCCAAUGAUCUUAACAUAUCAGGCAGAAAGAAUGCCUGAGCAAAUCAGGCUCAAGGUUGGUGGAGUAAACCCUAACCAAACAGCAGUAUACGAAGAGUUUGCUCGCAGUAUCCCAGGAUUCAAGGUGCCACCAUCAGGCGAGACCCUACCUAUGCCACCUUUAUCCAAGCCUAUGUACGACCAUGGAAUACUAAGCAGUGAGAUGAGAACUGAGUCCUUAGGAAAUAUCCACAGCAGACAAAAGGCAUCUAUUCCUCCUCCGAUACACGAGGAUUUCCGCUCAGUAGAUAAAUUCUCUCUGGACAGCGGUGCCUUCCAAGGCCCGUUCCCACAAGCAAUGAUGCCAGAGGAAGUAGUCCAGAUAUUGAACAAGUGUGCAGCAGAGAUUGAGCAACACUUACAUGCAAUCAUGGCUCCUCCAUCAAGCCCUCCCGUCAUGACCAUCCACAGCCUGCUAGACGCUGUGGUACAGACACGUAACUCCAGGGAUAAUAAUGCUGCAGUCCGGCUUCUUCACAAGGCUGUUGAAGGUCUUUUGGAUGAGGUCACUCCGUUACCAAGUGAUCAAGAACUUGCAUUACGGUUCCGUGACUGUCACCUUAUUGUGUUACGUGGGUUGCAGGAUCCACGUGGGUAUGGAAUCAAUUGGACGUCAAGACACGUUACCAAGUUCGUUUGCGAUUGUGUCCCAGAGCUAAAGUUCAACGUGGAAGCCAUCGAUCUUUUGAUCCGAGGUCAUCUUAUUAACAUGAGAGAGUUUGACCAACACAUUGUACAGUGCAUGGACAAUGGACUCAACGUUAAUGCCGUACAUUUUGCCAUACAGUUGGUCAAGUACGUGUCGGAUGAUAAGCACGCUCCUCACGUAUCAGAGGGUGACUUGUCGCACACCAUUGAAUCUUUGACUAGAAUGGCUCACAGCAGACAGAACCCUGAAGGGCUGUCAUCUGUACUUGAGAGUGUUCAUAAUGGUCCUUCUAGUAUGCCAAGUCAUCAUGAUGUUCCUGAUAACAAAGCACCAGGUGGACCUACCUCUCUCACGACUAACGCCGUGCCAUCAUUCUCUGGAUUCGAGGAUCCUCCAGGCCUCCAUGAGAAGGUUGAAUAUCUGUUACGAGAAUGGGUUCGUCUUUGUCACCAACCCGGUGCAGGCAAAGACAGCGAAAAGGCGUUCUCUACUUUUGUUGCUAUGAUGCACCAACAGGGUAUUUUAAGGUCAGAUGAUUUGAUCACAAGAUUCUUCAGGAUCUGUACUGAGCUGUGUGUUGACGUCACGUACCGUGCUAUCGCUGAUCAUCCCAACAACCCAACCCUGGCCCGCAGUAAAUGCUUCAAUACUUUAGAUGCUUACUGUAGACUCAUAGCUCUGUUGGUCAGACAUUCCGGUGAUGCGUCUAACAACGUUACCAAGAUCAACCUGUUGAACAGGGUUCUAAGCACCGUAGCAACAGUCUUGUUCCAAGACCACGAGCUGCGUCACACAGAUUUCCAACAGCUACCCUACCAAAGGAUCUUCAUCAUGCUACUGCUCGAACUCAACCAGCCAGAGCCUGUCCUUGAAGCCAUUAACUUCCAAGUCCUCCAGACGUUCAGCACGGUGUUCCACGCUUUGAAGCCGUCACGUGCGCCAGGGUUCGCGUACGCGUGGCUUGAACUCAUCUCCCACAGACUGUUCAUGUCUAAGCUUCUUCUCAAUACACCACAGCAGAAGGGAUGGUCGUUGUUUCAGCAGCUGUUGAUUGACUUGUUCAAGUUUUUGGCUCCUUUCCUGAGGAACGCUGAGCUGGCCAAGCAGACACACUUGCUUUAUAAGGGUACAUUAAGAGUGUUACUGGUACUUCUACACGAUUUCCCAGAAUUCCUUUGUGACUAUCACUUCAGCUUCUGUGACGUCAUUCCACCCAACUGUAUUCAGAUGCGUAACUUGAUUCUAAGUGCGUUCCCAAGAAACAUGAGGCUGCCUGACCCAUUCACGCCAAACCUUAAGGUUGAUUUACUGACUGACAUCGCUCAUUCUCCUCGAAUUUUAACCAACUUUGGAGCAGCGAUACAACCAGCUACCUUCAAGAAGGAUUUGGAUUCGUAUCUGAAGACUCGUACGCCGGUAACGUUCCUGACAGAGCUAAGAAGUCACUUACAGGUAUCCACAGAACCAGGUACAAGAUACAACGUACCCCUGAUGAAUGCUUUAGUCCUGUAUGUUGGUACUCAAGCUAUAGCUUACAUACACAGUAAAAGUGGAACGCCUUCUAUGUCUACUAUAACUCACUCAUCCCACAUGGAUAUCUUCCAGAAUCUUGCUGUUGAUCUAGACACUGAAGGACGCUACUUAUUCUUGAAUGCCAUAGCCAACCAGCUACGCUACCCCAACAGCCACACCCAUUACUUUAGCUGUGUCUUGUUGUACCUGUUCGCUGAGGCGAAUACAGAGGCGAUCCAGGAACAGAUAACAAGGGUUUUACUUGAGCGUCUGAUAGUGAACAGACCUCAUCCAUGGGGGCUUCUCAUCACGUUCAUUGAAUUGAUUAAAAAUCACCAGUACAAGUUCUGGACCCAUGAGUUUGUUCACUGUGCUCCUGAGAUUGAAAAGUUGUUUGAGUCAGUGGCUCGUAGUUGUAUGCAACAAAAGCAAGUAACAAGAGAAAGCACCAGUGAAGGACAAGAGUAAAUUCAUGUACAAAAUCGUCAGUCUUCUCCUCCAUGAUACCUCACGACCAUAGAUACACUGAACAAGAAUGCAAAUAGACGAUUUUCAAGAUGCGCAAGCGUAUUAAUAGGAAACAGGCUAAGUCCAUAAGAAAGCGCUGGAAACCAAAGAGUCAUAGGCAAUUUCUAAAACACUUGAAGUAAAGAUUUUGUCUGCCCAGUUUUUGAGUCUCAGCAUUCAAUAAUGUUCACAGCACUUGCACAUCUCGGAAAAGAUCUAUUGCAGCUUAUUGUUAAUGGAAUACGUGCUCCUCCGUGCACUGCAUUUCAUGACCUGUAGAUAAAUGAUUGUAUGAUAUUCAAGACCUACUGAGAGACGUCUAAUGAGGUAUUACAAGCACCAAGGAUGGAGGAUUAGCCAAGGACAAUAACUGUUGAUAUAUACUUGUUAUUUUAUAAGAAUUUUGUAUCAUUUGCCUAAAAUAAUAAAGAUGAUGGCUUGAA